UCCACCUCCCAGCGCCCCCUCGGAGAUCCCUGGGAGCCAGCCUGCUGGGAAAGCCAGAGGGUCCGGAGCAAAUCUGGAGGCUGAGAGGGCAUCAGAGGGGGAAAGACUGAGCUAACCACUCCAGUGCCAUACGGAAGCUAAAGGGACAGACCACGCCAGCCCCAGCUCAGCUACAGCCGACGCCUGUUGCAGCGCGGCGGCUUCGAAGCCGCCGCCCCGGAGCUGCCCUUUCCUCUUCGGUGAAGUUUCUAAAAGCUGCGGGAGACUCAGAGGAAGCGAGGAAAGUGCCGGGUAGGACUACAGCUGCCUUUGUCAUCCACCCCUCUACCCCCUACCCCCUCCCAGGUCCCCUCUCUGGGAGCUGACUAGGCAGGCUUCCUGGCCAACCCUCUCCCCUACACCCCCAGUUCUGACAGCCAGUUUGCACAGAGGUAACUCCCUUUGGCUGAGAGCAGGCGAGCUUGUUGCAAAGAAGGCUUUUGAGAGCACAGAGACUGAGGAGCAACAGCACGCCUGGAAAGCCCCUGAUUCCAGGUUCUCCCCCUGCACCUCCACCUGCCCGCCCCUCACCCUGUGUGUGAAGCUGGAAAUCAAAAGAUGAAAAGGCAGUCAGGGCUUCAGUAGUCGAAAGCAAAACAAAAGCUAAAAGAAAACAAAAGGAAAAUAGCCCAAUUCUCAUUUGCACCUGCUUCAGUGGACAUUGCAUGUGGAAGGCAGAGGAUUUUCCUUUCCCCCCACGUCAAGCUUUGAGCAUCUUUUAAUCUGUUCUUCAAGUAUUUAGGGACAGACUGUGUAACUAGCAGGGCAGAUCCUGUCUAGUGCGUGCCUUCCUUUACAGGAGACUUUGAGGCUAUCUGGGCGCUUUUUUUUUCCUCCUGCAAGUUUUCUUCCCCGGAGCUUCCCGCAGGUGGGCAGCUAGCUGCAGCUACUACAUCAUCAGUCAGUUGAACUCUUCAGAGCAAGAGACGAGGAGACAGGAUAAGGGAAUUCAGUGAAAGAUACAGACAAGCUCAAGGAUGGAGGUGCAGUUAGGGCCGGGAAGGGUCUACCCACGGCCCCCAUCCAAAACCUAUCGAGGAGCUUUCCAGAAUCUGUUCCAGAGCGUGCGCGAAGCAAUCCAGAACCCCGGCCCCAGGCACCCUGAGGCCGCUAGCAUAGCACCUCCCGGCGCCUGUUUGCAGCAGCGGCAAGAGACUAGCCCCCGGCGGCGGCGGCGGCAGCAGCCUGGCGAGGAUGGCUCUCCCCAAGCCCACAUCAGAGGCCCCACAGGCUACCUGGCCCUGGAGGAGGAACAGCAACCUUCACAGCAGCAGUCAGCCUCCGAGGGCCACCCUGAGAGCGGCUGCCUCCCAGAGCCUGGGGCUGCCACAGCUCCUGGCAAGGGGCUGCCGCAGCAGCCACCAGCUCCUCCAGAUGAGAAUGACUCAGCUGCCCCAUCCACGUUGUCCCUGCUGGGCCCCACUUUCUCAGGCUUAAGCAGCUGCUCCACCGACAUUAAAGACAUCCUGAGUGAGGCCGGCACCAUGCAACUUCUUCAGCAGCAGCAGCAACAGCAGCAGCAGCAGCAACAGCAGCAACAGCAGCAGGAGGUAAUAUCCGAAGGCAGUGGCAGCAGCGCUAGAGCAAGGGAGGCCACUGGGGCUCCCUCUUCCUCCAAGGAUAGUUACCUAGGGGGCAAUUCGACCAUAUCUGACAGUGCCAAGGAGUUGUGUAAAGCAGUGUCUGUGUCCAUGGGAUUGGGUGUGGAAGCACUGGAACAUCUGAGUCCAGGGGAACAGCUUCGGGGAGAUUGCAUGUACGCGUCGCUCCUGGGAGGUCCACCCGCGGUGCGUCCCGCUCCCUGUGCGCCACUGGCCGAAUGCAAAGGUCUUCCCCUGGACGAGGGCCCUGGCAAAGGCACGGAAGAGACUGCUGAGUAUUCCCCUUUCAAGGGAGGUUAUGCCAAAGGGCUGGAAAGCGAGAGCCUGGGCUGCUCUGGCAGCAGUGAAGCAGGUAGCUCUGGGACACUUGAGAUCCCGUCCACUCUGUCUCUGUAUAAAUCCGGAGCAGUGGAUGAGGCAGCAGCGUACCAGAAUCGCGACUACUACAACUUUCCGCUGGCUCUAACCGGGCCGCCGCACCCCCAACCCCCUAUCCAUCCACACGCCCGCAUCAAGCUGGAGAACCCUCUGGACUACAGCGGCCCCUGGGCUGCAGCCGCGGCGCAAUGCCGAUAUGGGGACUUGGCUAGCCUACACGGAGGGAGUGCAGCCGGACCCAGCACUGGAUCGCCCCCAGCCACCGCCUCUUCUUCCUGGCACACUCUCUUCACAGCAGAAGAAGGCCAAUUAUAUGGGCCAGGCGGCGGGGGCAGCAGCAGCAGCCCGAGCGAGGCCGGGCCUGUAGCCCCCUAUGGCUACACUCGCCCCCCUCAGGGGCUGGCGAGCCAGGAGGGUGACUUCUCUGCCUCUGAAGUGUGGUACCCCAGUGGAGUGGUGAACAGAGUACCCUAUCCCAGUCCUGGUUGCAUCAAAAGUGAGAUGGGACCUUGGAUGGAGAACUACUCCGGACCUUAUGGAGACAUGCGUUUGGACAGUGCCAGGGAGCACGUUUUACCCAUCGACUAUUACUUUCCACCACAGAAGACCUGCCUGAUCUGUGGCGAUGAAGCGUCUGGCUGUCACUACGGAGCUCUCACUUGUGGCAGCUGCAAGGUCUUCUUCAAAAGAGCCGCUGAAGGGAAGCAGAAGUAUCUAUGUGCCAGCAGAAAUGAUUGCACCAUUGAUAAAUUUCGGAGGAAAAAUUGUCCAUCUUGUCGACUCCGGAAAUGUUAUGAAGCAGGAAUGACUCUGGGAGCUCGUAAGCUGAAAAAACUUGGAAAUCUAAAACUACAGGAGGAAGGAGAAAAUUCCAGUGCUGGCAGUCCCACUGAGGACCCAUCCCAGAAGAUGACAGUAUCUCACAUUGAAGGCUAUGAAUGUCAGCCUAUCUUUCUGAAUGUCCUGGAAGCCAUUGAGCCAGGAGUGGUGUGUGCUGGACAUGACAACAACCAGCCUGACUCCUUUGCUGCCCUGUUAUCUAGCCUCAACGAGCUUGGUGAGAGACAGCUUGUUCAUGUGGUCAAGUGGGCCAAGGCCUUGCCCGGAUUCCGCAACUUGCAUGUGGAUGACCAGAUGGCAGUCAUUCAGUAUUCCUGGAUGGGACUCAUGGUAUUUGCCAUGGGUUGGCGGUCCUUCACUAACGUCAACUCCAGGAUGCUCUACUUUGCACCUGACCUGGUUUUCAAUGAGUACCGCAUGCACAAGUCUCGGAUGUACAGCCAGUGUGUGCGGAUGAGGCACCUGUCUCAAGAAUUUGGAUGGCUCCAGAUAACCCCCCAGGAAUUCCUGUGCAUGAAAGCACUGCUACUCUUCAGCAUUAUUCCAGUGGAUGGGCUGAAAAAUCAAAAAUUCUUUGAUGAACUUCGAAUGAACUACAUCAAGGAACUCGAUCGUAUCAUUGCAUGCAAAAGAAAAAAUCCCACAUCCUGCUCAAGGCGCUUCUACCAGCUCACCAAGCUCCUGGAUUCUGUGCAGCCUAUCGCAAGAGAGCUGCAUCAGUUCACUUUUGACCUGCUAAUCAAGUCCCACAUGGUGAGCGUGGACUUUCCUGAAAUGAUGGCAGAGAUCAUCUCUGUGCAAGUGCCGAAGAUCCUUUCUGGGAAAGUCAAGCCCAUCUAUUUCCACACACAGUGAAGAUUUGAAAACCUUCAUACCCAAAUGCACCUUGUUCCCCUUUUCAGAUGUCUUCUGCCUGUUAUAUAAUUCUGCACUACUUCUCUGCAGUGCCUUGGGGGAAAUUCCUCUACUGAUGUACAGUCUGUCAUGAACAUGUUUCUCAGUUCUAUUUCCUGGGCUUUUCCUUCUUUCCUUUUCUUCUUCUCUCCCUCUUUCACCCUCCCAUGGCACAUUUUGAAUCUGCUGCUUGUUGUGGCUCCUGCCUGCAUUUUGAGUUGUGUUGUAUUUCUUUGAAUCUGUGAUGACCCCCAUGUGGCCCAGUGUCAAUCGUGCUUGUUUACAGCACUGUACUGUGUGCCAACCACGCCAAUGUUUACUCACCUUAUGCCAUGUGGAGUUUAGAGAGCUAUAAGUAUCUGGGGAAGAAACAAACAUAGAAAAUAAAAAGCCAAAAAAACCAUGCUAGCUUUGUUUCUUCACAAGAAAUAAAUAAACACAUAAGAUUCCCAAAGGAGCCAACAGUGACUGGAAGAAAGUUAAAAUCACAGGUACAUGAGGAGUCACUGUUGUUGUUCAUCCUGUCUCUCUGUGGGAAACUUCAGUCGUUGCUAAUGGCUAUUGCCAUUAAAGAGCAGGAUGACCCCAAAGCUUACUGGUAGGCUAGAGAGAAAAGAGGACAAGAAGGGCAGAUGGAUGACCAUUGCUUCCCCACAGCCUUUGUCCCUGAGUGCUAGAGUGCUCAGUUGCAGUACGAUCCAUUGUGCUGAAAUGUGCUUCUCGUCUGAAAACUUGUCUGCAUGGGAAUGCCUCCUCCUUCAAAUCCUUUUCUCUCUCAACCUCUGCUUCCACCCUCAACUGACUUUCCAUUGCUUUGCUAAGAGCUUUGAACUAAAUGUUCUCUUUAGCCAAAACUUUGGCCACUUCCACUGAAGUUAGGUCAGUGAGAAGAAAGCAGAGAGAUCUGACCCUUUGGAAGGCUCCAUUCAGAUCUAGGUCUGUAUUUCCAUAUGUGAGCCAUAGAGGAGCUUUGUGGCUGGAGUCAGAGGAAAAGGAAGUGAUGGCUUAGCCAUUCUCCCUUUAAGGACAGUGACUAGUUGAUCACUUAGAGCAAUCACCUUUUCCUCUACUUUUAAAGGACCUAUAGACUCCUUGAAGGCACGUUGUCACUCCACAGUUCUUCAGUGUUCGGUGAGCCUGAACUUCACUAUAAUGCAUUUAAGCUAUGGUGGUAAAGCUUAUUCACUUCUGUGGAUGUGUUUGUAGACAUUGCUAAUAUCACCCUCCCACUACCACCAUGAAGGCUAGCAGAACAGCAGCCACAGCAUCUGUGUUUAGAUGUCAACUAUCUAAAAGACAUCUCACUCAAUGUCUCUCAUCAACAGUCAGAUUUCUGGAGCCCUUAGACAAAUUGGAAAGAAAUCAUCAAAGGGACCAGAAAAACUGGGCGGGCACCUUGCCCUUGUCCUCCAGAGACAAUAUAUACCUAUCAAGUGGAGAAAUGUCAAUUUCCUCCUCAGAGUGACUAAAGGGCCUACCCAGACCAUGACGGAGGAAAAAAACUAAGUAACCAAGCUGGGAAGAGUGAAGACACUAGAACCAGAAGGCAUAAAAUGCUCUCCUUUCUACCCAGCAUACUCACCUGCAGAAAUCAUGGGAAGAAGAGAGAAGGCAAAAAGAGAAUACAGACUGCCAACAUCUUCAGAGGCAAAGUCUAAAGCCAAAUAAAUGAAUGUCAUCUGGCUAGAUGGGCACCAGUUUGCUCAUCCUCCUCUAUUGCAGUUGCUGGGCUGACCUUGGCCAAAGUCACUCAGAUGCCCAACAGAGUUGUUGCCUCUCAGUCAGAGGGUGCAGGACCACUGAGACAUUCUGUAGAACCAUGACUCCCAUUGGACAGAUCUCGCUGUUGUGGCUACAAAUAGACUGCACCCAUAAACAUAACCAGUGACCCAUGCCCUGGGUCACUGGUUUCAUGUAGUCCAUUGGUUCCCUUCUUUUCUGUGGACUCUGUUCCUGAAGCUUGGGUGCAGGAAGAAUUCCCACCUACUCUUGCAUUUGUACAAUUCUUCCUCACUCAGCUCUUCACUUUACUGCUGAGCUUAAGAAUUUAAGGGCCAGCCCCCAAGCUGCCCAUUUUAAUUGGUAUACUAUGUUGAUUGAGAAAACAGUUUCUGAGUGACAUGAUAUGAUACACAUGAGUUUCCUUCCCUGAUUUCUGUGUUGAUAUUAAUAGCAAAACAAAUUCGCAAAACAACUUCUUUAAAUAACAAGGGAGGGAGAAUGUAAGAUGAGCGAUAUGACAAUCCAGCGCUGCUGGACAAAAACUGAAGCUGACAGAUUCCCUUGUUGAGCUAGGAUAGGUAGAUUCUGAUUUGCUUUGUGAUGACACCAUCUGGCUUAUGUACAGAAUCUCUUUUAGCUGUGUCUUAAACAGAAAAAAAAAUCACCACUCUUUUCAGUUAAACUGUGUUACAUUUUAAUAGUUCCUUUACAUCUCUUUUGAAGCAAUUUCCAUCUUCUGUGGUACAUGGAUUUUAUUAUAACAUUCUAAUAUUUGUCUUUGUAAAUACUAGAGGCUCUUUGUUCCAUUUCUCUAUGAAGUUUUUCAUCUUAUGGAGUUCCAGAUCAUGACUCUUGUCUUUAUAAAUGUAUAUGUUUUUGUUUUUAUUUUUACUUGCAAAAACCAAAAAUCAGUGAAACAGCAGUACAAUUAAAACUAGAUAACGCCAAAGUUACAGAACUAGAGAAAACAGCCUACACAAGGCCUUAUGCCUACUGUUUCUGCAUUGGGAUUUGAGUAAGCAAUGAAAGUUAUAGCUUGGCUGUGUUUUCCCACACAGGCAAAGAAGAGGUUGGUUUUUGCUUUGUCUUUUCUUUCUUCUUUU